GAGAAGGUGGGGUGGUGCGUGGUCUUUUCUGGUUACAAGGGGAAAGUGAUGCGGCCAGUAGGGACACUGCUAGUAGAUACAGAAACAACCUGAAGAAGUUCUUUACCGACAUUCGCAAUGAUAUCAAGCCUCGAUUUUUACCCAUCAUUGUUGUAAAAAUAGCUGGCUACGACACGUUUAUGGAGCAUGAUACUCAUGAUUUGCCAGCAGUAAGGGCAGCAGAAGAUGCAGUUCAACGAGAGCUACCGAACAUUGUGACCAUCGACGCCUUGAAAUUAGUGAACACUAUCACCGGGGAAGGCUUUAACUUGGAUCGUGGUCAUUAUAAUGUCAAGACUGAGAUUGCUUUGGGCAAAUGGUUGGCUGACACCUACCUCUCUCACUAUGGCCAAUUGCUCUGAUCCUAUUGGUUUUCUAUCUUUAAUAUCUCUUUAACAAUUUUAUAUUAUCUAUAUAAAAAUCAUCCUUACACCCUCUUUCAUA